AUGACCGAUAUUCAGUAUUACGAGAAUCAUGUUUUGAAUGUGGAAGCGGAGCUAAAAUCGUUAAAGACUAAAAUUAAAUCGGAAUUACGGGCCCUAGAGUCUGAUACGAGUUUCAAUGACGUCGAUACAUUGACAAAUCGGUUGAAAAAAAAGGUUUCCCAAUUGCAACCUUUAAAGGGUAAAGUCUGUAUCAUGUCUACAUCGAGCGUGAUCGAUAAAAGUAAAGAACAUAAGAACUCCAUUGAUUAUAAUGUUUUGGUGGAUCCAAAUGGGAAAUGGACUCCUGAAGAACAUGCGCUUUUUCUACGUGCCAAGCAACGAUAUAAAGAUAAUAUCGAGAGCAUAAUUAAAGCUAUUCAGAAAGUUAUGCCGGAUAUCUCAGCGGAAGAAAUUUGCGAUCACGACGAAUGGCAUAAGAAAUUCCUUGCUGCUCGUGAAGAACGGCGUGCCGAGAUUCGCAAAUGGCGGGAAGAUAAACGCUCCUCAACUUCUCAAGAUGAUUCCUCUCAACAUUCCAGCGGAUUUGAUAACGUAUCACAACGUGAAGCUUUGCACCCAACAAGCAAAGAGGCGCAAUUGAGAGAUCGCAAAGAGCGCGCAGAAACUAAAAGGAGAAUUGAAAAGUGGAAGCAACUUAAAAUCGAUAAAAAACGAGCAGAAGAAGAACAACGGGAGAAGAUGAUCAAGGAAAUUAGAGAAAAAGAGAGUGCGAAAGUAUUGAAAUGUGAGCUCCGUCAUGAAGCAGUAGUGGAGUGGAAAACUAAGAGAAGAAUGGAGGCGCAGAAAGUGCUGAUGCAAAAAGAAAUUGAACAUAUGCACAGUAUGCAAAGAAGUGCUGAAGCCAAUAGGACUUUACCCGAUUUUCGUGCACAAGAUCAGAAAUACAUAGCGCGCCGCCGUGAAGCUUCGCUAAACCGCAUAACGAGCACGAGCCGGCCUCCGCUGCGCGUGCGGGCCUGCUUUCCGUCGCUCCAGCGCGAUCCAACGCACGCGAUGCGCCCGACCGAGUCGUCAAUCAGGCGGGAGCAGCGACAGAUCAACGUGAAAGGGUCACCGAGAGAUCUUAGCGAGCCUCAACAGGCGGAAGCAAUGAGGCUGAGAGAGCAGGCUAGGUCGCUUAGUGUUCGGAAUAUACCUAAACUGUGA